CGGCUUCGCCGUGGUGUGAUGCGUGGUGGGACUGCAGCUACUGGCCUCUCGAAGAAAGUCCCGAGUCAUUCCAAGAACCUCAUGGAAGACGUUUUUGACGAGCAAUAUGAACAGGAGUUGAAACAGCAAGUGGACGCCGAGGUGGCUGCCUACGCGAAGACUGCGGAGAAGUUGGAAGCAGCCAUCAAAGCCGGUGAUGUGGACCUGAAGAACCUGCAGCACUGA